AUGUCUCUUACACCCCUUUCAUCGCUUCGCGUCUCCAAGCACCUAAUACCAGCACACAACCUCAUCCCAAACUGCAGCAUCCAAAACAAACCGCUGCUACACUACCACGCAGCCUUCCAGCGCCCCUCAGCCUCACAAAUCGAAUCCCACCUGUCGACAAUCGGCGUGGUCGCUCCGCAAUGGCGCUACACCAUGUACAGCCAGACACACUUCCACAGCACAUCCCACGAGGUCCUCUGCAUUAGCCGCGGCAGGGCCCGGUUGUGUUUCGGAGGGGAGGAGAAUGAGGGUAGGGUCGAACCGGUGGUUGAGCAGGGCGAUGUGGUUAUUGUUCCUGCAGGAGUUGGGCAUCGCUUGUUAGAGGAUCUGGAUGGGGGAUUCGAAAUGGUGGGUAGCUAUCCGGAAGGAUGUGAUUGGGAUAUGUGUUAUGGUAAGAAGGGUGAGGAGAAUAAGGUUGAUGCAAUUGAACAAUUGGGAUGGUUUCGGGAAGAUCCUAUCUACGGGAAUGAAGGGCCAGCUACAGAGGUAUGA